GGCAAAACCAAACGGCUGCCUGAAGAAUUUGGCGGGUGAGAGUGAGAGAGUCGAGAGAGGGUUGGAGAAAUCAAUGGAUAACUGAGAAGCAGAUCAGAAAGUGCCAGUUUUCAAGGACAUAAGGCGAUAUUACUGUGUAUUCUGCGGGAUCUGCCGCUCCAAAAAGACUCUGAUCGCUUCUCACAUCCUCAAUCACCACAAGAUGGAUAUGGCAAAAGAGGCUGGUGGGGAAGGGGAAGGAGAGAAGGAAAAAUGUAAUACUUGCGAAGAAUGUGGUGCUACUUUCAAAAAACCUGCACAUUUGAAGCAACACAUGCAAAGCCACUCCCUUGAGGAAUCGAUAUUUUUAAGAACUAUCUUUUGGAUAGCGUGAAGCAUUGGAUCCCACACAAAGCACUCCAAAAUGCGAGAGGUUUUUGACUUGAAUGGACCAGUAUCAGGUGGGAGACCUCCUGUGAAGCUCCAUCAAGCGAGCCUCAGUCACGUACCUUUCAGUUUGAGGAAUCAACAUUUUAAUGAAGUAUCCAUUGGACAACGUGAAGCAUUGGAUCCCAAUCAGGAACUCCAAAAUGCGAGAGCGUUUGACUUGAAUGGACCAGUAACAGGUGGGAGACCUCCUGUGAAGCUCCAUCAAGCGAGCCUCAAUCACAGGCCAUAUAUUUGUUCGGUGGAUGAUUGCCGUUCCAGCUUCAGAAGAAAAGACCACUUAAAUCGCCACCUUCUUCAGCACCAAGGGAAACUCUUUAAGUGUCCAAUUGAGAACUGUAAUCGUGGAUUUGUUUGCCAAGGUAACAUGAGCAGGCAUGUUAAAGAACUUCAUAGUGAGGAUGGCACCUAUGUUGGAAGAGGUCAGAAGCAGCAUGUGUGCCAGGAAAUUGGUUGUGGAAAGGUGUUUUUAUUUGCUUCGAAGUUGCGGAAGCAUGAGAGUUCUCAUGUUCAUAUGGAUUCAGUGGAGGCAUUCUGCUCUGAAGCAGGUUGUAUGAAAUAUUUUACCAAUGACCAAUGCCUCAAGGACCAUAUCCUGUCCUGCCACCAACAUGUUAUGUGUGAGAUAUGUGGUUCCAAAAAGUUAAACAGGAACAUCAAAAGGCAUCUACUCACCCAUAAAGGAGGAGUGCCUUCAGUUGAGAGAAUUAAAUGCAGUUACAAGGGUUGUCUUCACACAUUUUCAACUAAAUCAAAUCUCACUCAACAUGUCAAGGCUGUACACCUUGAAGAUAAACCUUUUGCCUGUAGCUUUUCGGGGUGUGGCAUGAGAUUUGCAUACAAGCAUGUGAGAGAUAACCAUGAGAAGACUCGAUGCCAUGUUUAUGCCUAUGGGGAUUUCGUAGAGGCUGACGAACAAUUCCAGUCAAGGCCAAGGGGCGGCCUUAAGAGGAAGUGUCCCACCAUAGAAAUGCUCUUACGAAAACGGGUGACUCCACCGGAUCAGUUGGGCGUAGAGCCUGAGUACCUCUCCUGGUUGCUCUUACAAGACGCGGAGGAUGAGAAUUGAGUCGUGGCGUUCUAGUUAAAAUUACCGGACACGCAUACUAACCUAUGAGAGUGAAAGCUUUAGGAAUUAGGAAUUUCUCAAACUGGAUUUGGAUGUUGGAUGGUGUAAUGAAUCUCAACAAUAAAUAUAUAUAGCAUUUUUGUAUUUAACAAAGUCUUUGGUAAACAUUCAUGGUGAGGAUUGCACUA